AUGGCUUCCUUGGCCUGGGAAAGCCUCGAGGGGAGCUCGGCCAGCGAGGCGCCUCCCUCGAAGGCUUCGCCGUCUCCCCUCGCGAACUCUCGAGCCAUGCCGGUGUCUGCUUGCUCGCAGAGAGCGGACCCGACCUCCUGUACAGAUCGGCUGGCUUCUUCAGGGACUUCGCCAGCCUCUACUGUCCCGCCUACUCGCCAGAGCUCUGCGCAAGAAGGCGGAUUCCUCGCUUCGAAGCAGCAGUUUUCGCGGGCGCUGACUCCGAGCUGGAUGCAAGACGAUGACCCCUUUGCCGGCAUAGUCCGGCGGGCUGCGGCGCCGUCUUCCCUGACUUCCGGACCGAAGCGGCCUUCCGACUUCGCCUCUUCCUUUUCAUCUUUCGGCGCCCAUUCAGACUCUGUAGGGCUUGCCUCGUCCACCCUCAGCGACGAGGGACUGACGCCUGUCUCUGCGUCUUUGCCGCCAGGAGAGACACCCGCGCGAACGGAGACAAGCGCCAGAAACGAGCCGGCGCAUGGCAGCUCGCCGGCCCUCGGCUCGUCCUCUAACGCAGCUUCGCCUCUCUUCUUCUCGGACGCCGACCUCGAGGUCUUGGCCGCGCCCUCGGCACGCGCCUCGCAGGUGUCUCCGCAAGUCUCUCCUUUUGAAACGGCGAGCAGAGACAAAGACGUGCCUUCUCAGAGUCGGGCCCAGCCGGGGAGGUUGCUUUCUCGUCCGAGUGUCUCCGGAGAGGAGACACCUGAGGCGGGUGCGCCGCCCCAGAAUGCGCCGACAGCCGGCGCUGCAGACGACCUCGACGAAUUCUUCUCCUCCGCAAACUUGUCCUCUCGGAAAGCCGCUGCCCCAGCUUCUCCGUCGGCGUCCUGUGCUUCUCCGCUUGCAGCCUCUGGGAGAUCUGGGGGGGCUGCUGAGGCAGGCGAGGUGAAGGCUGCUCGGGGGAGAAGCGGCGAGCAGACACUCGGAGACUCCCUCAUCGAUGGGGACGUGCCGGUGCCGACUGAGGAGACCGCGGGGAAGGAGAAGGAGGGAAAGAGACGAGCGGUGACGCUGCGGCGAGAGAGCGACGGCGCCGAGUACAGCCCGACUGCAGCGGAGUCGUGGUCUGUGUUCAACAGCCAAAUGCAGAACUGGGAAGUUGUCCAGAAAGAAGGCAGGCGACAAGUCGCCGAUGUGGAGGAGCACCAACUCGAAGACGCCGGGAAAAAAACCAUCUGGGUCGUCCACCAGGGCGCGUGCACCCCCGUUUCCUGGUACGAGGACACCUCGGCUGAUGAUGUGAAAGCCGCCGUUCUCUGUGCAUGCGAUGUGAUGCUGGACGAUGACAUGGAGGAGCCUGAGGAAGGAAAGAGGCGAUCGAAAGGAAGAACCUGCUUCGCCCUCAGACAAAUCGAACCUCUGCCUCAAACGGCUGACGUUGACUGCGAUUCGUUGUUCCUGGACGUGUGUGUCUUGCACCUUCGGGACGAGGGGGGGAUGGGUCCCGAUCGGCUAAUUGGCGGCUCGGCUGUGCGGUCGGAGACAGGGAAGGAGACAGGGAACGAAGAGACUGCGGCGGAGCGCGAGGCGAAAAAAAAGGCUUUGAGGGUAAUGAAGGGAAGGAGGGUCCGGUUCGACCAGUUCGGACACCUCAUGGACGGCUGCACCUACAUGCUGGAAAAGUUUCAAGAGACGCCCUGCACAGAGGAAGCAGAAAAGGAACUCCAAAAAAUGCAGUCCAUCACAGGCGAUCGGUGGCGUCGUCUUCUGAUUCCGGUGCACCCCCUUCUCCACAUUGAGAGUCAAAAGGCCUUUGAAAGAAUGAUGAAAGGCACGAAUCUUCUGAAGCACACGAGUUACGGGUACCCUCAUCUUCGUCAGUUUCAGCUGUCGAUGGACCGGCGUCGGCUCUUGUGGUACACGUCGUCCAAGGCGAAGUCUUCCUCGGUCGUUCACUUGGCGCUCUUACACGGCAUCCUCUUUGGGCAGAAAUCGCCAACCUUCGAGAGCUACCGCCUCCCGGGUUUGCAACACCUCUCUUUCUCGCUGGUCUUCUGGUCGCGGGGGCCGCCGCCCGAGACAGACUACGACGAGGAGGAAGACGAAGACGAAGAAGAGAGGAAGACGCGACAGGCGAUCGAGCUUAGAAGGCCCAUCAGCGGGGCGAGGACUCUCGACCUCACCUGCAAAGAUGAGUUCGAAUUCGACAUGUGGGUUACCGGCCUCAAAGCGAUCAUCGCCGCCAACAAGGGUCUCCGAAUCAGCAAAAAGCUCCUCCUGUCGCACUCCCGCCGAUUCAGGCGCGCGCUGGCACACAACAAUGUGACCAUCAAAUUGACGGCUUUGCCUGAAGUGAAGGAGCCUGGACAAGUGAACCUUGACGACUGCAUGGACUUGCCUUGGCACCCUCCCGAGGUGCUUCAGAAGAAGUACGACGGUCUCCAGCGAAGGAUUCAGGCUGCAGCUGUCGAGAUUCGCCACCUCAAUUAUCGGCAGCCGCCUCACGGGCGAGGCGCCACGAUCCCCGACGUGUGCGAGCUGUCUGGGUCGGGACCGGCGUAUGCUGGAGUGUACGAGGUCGGCGAGGCAGACGACGAGGAAAUGGAGCACCGACGCAUGGUCGAGCUGCUUCAUCAGGUGUUCAGUGUGCUCUCGAAUGCGCGCGUCGCCCUCAGCUCGUUUAAGUCGGAGAUUGAACGCCAGCGAGUCGCGGAGGCGGCGCGCGAGAGCGAGAGAACUGCCUCUCGUGCGUCUUCCGACUCCAGCGCACUUGAUGCUUCAGGCUCGGAACCUCAAAACGACGAGGAAAGAGAAGAAGUGGUUGUGAGUAUUUCCUCUUCGGGAGAGAUCAAGAAGAAGUCGCCGCAUCGAAGAAGCGAAGGAGAAGGGACCGAUGACCUCACCUUUGAGGAAAAAUUCAAAAAAUAUUCCAGCAGGAGUGCUGCCUCCCUCGAGGCCGUGCAAGCUGUGCAGGAGCAAGUGAAGGACAGCGUUUUGACGCUUUGGCAGCAAGCCGCACCGAUCACGCAAGAAGCGCAGAAAUUUUUUGAGCAGGCUGUCGCGGCGGUUGUGGGGAACGACGAGGACGAAAUGGAGAAUCUGCCUAAUGAAGACGGUCGCAGUUGGACGCCUGAAGAGAUCUCGCGGCUGAAGCAAAUCAACCAGCUGUUGUGGAAAGCAGAAGUGGACCUAGAGAACGUCGAAGACAUCCUCGCGCGUUUCCGACAGACCCACCUGGAGCUUGCUCGCGGCCUCGUCGCCUCCGUCACGGAUUUGAAUCAGAAACUCUCCGAGGAAGUCCACCGAUGGGGUUCCCAGCUGUCGUCUUUCAUGUCAGACUUUGUCAGCCGCCUCAACACUCUCCCCGCCGCGCUCGUGGCCGACGACGCGGCAGCCGCUCUCAGAGCAACCGCCGCGUCUGCUGCCUCUCUUUCGGGCCCCCACAGACAUGUCUCUUCUGUGGAGUCCCGGGAGACACGGCAGGAGACAGGUGUUUCCGGAGCAGCGCCCCCGCCGCCACCUAUGAUUUGA